AUGCCCGUAACCAAAGUAAAAACCAACAAAUGUUUCUCCGGCCAUCUCACAAAAUUCAGCGCUCACUCAGAGUCCUACGGCCUCGAGACAAAGUUUAAUGUCUUCGUCCCCGAGGGAGAAGGCCCCUUUUCGGUGUUGUACUAUCUUGCCGGGCUGACAUGUGACGAAGAUACCGGAGCGAUGAAAGGCACCUUCGAGUCCCCCGCUGCGAAACACGGCAUCGCGCUCGUCUUCCCCGAUACUUCCCCCCGGGGCUCUAACAGCCCUAACGACACCCUUUCAUGGGACUUUGGCACCGGCGCCGGGUUCUAUAUCGACGCUUCCCACCCUUCGUAUGCUGCCUACCAGGGGUACACAUACGUGACGCAUGAACUGCCUGAGCUGUUGCGGGAAACCGGGUUGGCCUUGGAUUUGGAGAGACAGGGGAUAAUGGGCCACUCGAUGGGCGGGCAUGGCGCGCUCACGCUGUACCUCAAGAGCGGGCAGUACAGGUCCUGUAGCGCUUUUGCGCCUAUUACCAACCCUAGGCUGUGCCCUUGGGGGAAGAAGGCGUUUGCUGGGUACUUGAAGGGAGGGGUGGAGGAAGGCAAGGAGUGGGACGCUACUGAGCUCCUUGGGCUAAGCCGGGUGAAGGAGGGACUGAGGAUCCUGUUCGACUGGGGGGACGCGGACGAGUUCUACCUCUCUGGCCAGCUGUUGCCAGAGAACUUUUUGAACAAGGUGAAGGAGUUGGGAGUGGAGGGAGUGCAGGGGAGGAAGAGGGAAGGAUAUGAUCAUAGUUAUUAUUUUAUUAUGAGCUUUGCGGAGGAACAUGUUGCUUUUCAUGCAAAGUGGUUGAAGGCGUAGGGAGA